AGACCGAGAACUGCAACAAAAGAAAGAGAGAGAGAGAGAGACGAACGCACAGAGAGAAAUAGACACAGAAAAAACUGUGAGAGAUAGAUUUUUCUCAUUGGGCUCGAGAGCUUUUCCCUCACGCGCCGCUUCUCGAUCUGUCUUCAAUUGACUCUAUUCCCCCACGCGCCUCCUCGCCUCGCCGCCGAUCUAUUCACUCAGCUCCUCAAUUACCCCAGGGUUUUGAAGAGGAGCGAGAGGAGGAAGGAGGAAGAAGACGAAGCGGAAUUUGCAGUAUGAGCAUCGAUAGCCCCGGGAGAAGGGGAGAGUUAGGGUUUUGAAAUUCGGGGCCUCGAGGUUGGGAUUUCCAUGGGCGAUGGAGGAGUCGCAUGCAUGCCUUUGCAGCAUAAUAUCAUGGACAGGUUUCCAAUUCCGGAGAAGACUGCACUUUGCGGAGGCAAUACUAAUGCGAAUGCGAAUACAACUACUAGUACUACUGCUACUACUGAUAAGAAUAACAAUGGCUUCAGUUCCAAGCCGGUUGUCAAGAAGAAGGUGAUGAAGAUCAAGAAGAGGAUUGUCAAGAGGCCCAAGGUGAAAGUUGGCAACAGUAAUGUGGAGGCGGCGGUGAAAAGUGAGGUGGGAUCGGUGAAAGGUGAGAAGAGUGAUGCUAAGGAAGCAGGGAACAGUUGUGGUGUUAAGGAAGUCGAGAAGAGUGGCGGUGCGAAAGAAGCUGAGAGGAGCGGUGUAAAGGAAGCUGAGAAUGGUGGCGGCGAUAAGGAAGCGGAGACCUGUGGUGUUCGGGAAGUUGAGAACGUGGAAAAUGGGGAGGAUAAGAAGGAGGAAGUGGAAGAGGGUGAGUUGGGUACUUUGAACGGUGAGUUUGUGCCGGAGAAGUGGAGGAGGAGUGAGAUUGAGAGGGAGGAGACUGGGGAUGAGAAAUGGAGGAGAAGUGAGGUGGGGAAGGGGGAGUCUUUUUCCGGGAAAUGGCGUAGAGGUGAUGCAGAGAAGGACGAAAUUGAAAGAGGUGAGUACAUUCCAGAUAGAUGGCAAAAGGGAGAGCUGGCCAGAGAUGACUACAUUAGCCGGAAAAUUCCCACCAGGUAUGAUAUGGGUGGUGGGAGGGGCAGGGGAAGGGGCUGGAAAUUUGAGUCCUCUUCUGGUAAGUAUCCGAGUGAUGACGGUUUUAGAAGGAAAGAAUAUGGUAGAGGUGGUGGUCAGCACAGCAAGAGUACUUUCAGGUGGGAUAGUGGUCAGGAGAGGAAUACGAGGAUCAGUUCUAAAAUUGUUGAUGAUGAGGGUGUCUACAAGAAUGAGUAUGGCAAUGAGUACAGCAACAGUAAGUAUCAAGCAAAGGAGUUUUCUUCUGUUAAUCGGUUGAAGAGGUACGGUCCUGAUUCUAAUAGUAAUGAGCGGAAGCACUAUGGAGAUUAUGGGGAUUACGCCGCAGGUAUAAAAAGUCGCAAGCUUUCUGAUGAAAGUAAUCGCUCUGCUCACUCCGAACAUUAUUCACAGCGUUCUGUGGAGAGAUCUUAUCGAAAUCCUUCUUUCAGAGUAGCACCUGACAAGUACUCUUCUAGGCAUUAUGAACCUUCUUUGUCUUCCAGAGUGGUCUAUGAAAGACAUGGGCGAAGUCCAGGUCUCUCUGAGCGGUCCCCACGUGACAGGUCCCGGUAUUAUGAUCACCUGGACCGGAGUCCAGUUCGCCGUGAGAGAUCUCCAUAUGAUCAAGAGAGGUCCCCUUUUGGCCGUGAAAAAUCACCACAUGGCCGUGAAAAAUCACCAUAUUUUCGUGAGAGAUCUCCAUAUGUUCGUGAGAGAUCUCCAUAUGUUCGUGACAAAUCCCCGUAUGUUCGUGACAAAUCCCCGUAUAAAUCUCCCUAUGAAAGGAACCGUAAUUUUGAUCACAGAAACCGCAGUCUGUCUCCACAAGAACGACCUAGGUACCAUGAUCGCAGGGAUCACACCCCAAACUAUUUGGAGCGGUCACCACGUGACCGGGGUAGAGCUACUAGUAAUAGAGGUACAGGACGGAAAAGUGGAGCAAGUGAUAGGCGCAACUCCCAACAUAAAGUGCAUGAAGACAAGCCGGUGCAGAAGGUUCCCAGUGGAACGGACUCGAAUUCCUCUGCCAAAGAAUGUCAGGAUAAAAGCAGUGUUCUUGAUAUUAAUGUAUCUGUGGAGACAAUUGCCAACUCUGAGUCUCAAAAAGAUGAACUGUCUCAAAGUUCAAAUAUAAAUUGCAAGGAAACUUCUCAUAUUAGUGCAGCACCUCCUGAAGAGCUGCCUUCUAUGGAAGAAGAUAUGGAUAUAUGCGACACACCACCACAUGUCCCAGUGAUUGCUGAUUCAUCCACAGGGAAAUGGUUUUACCUUGAUUAUUAUGGUGUGGAAUGUGGGCCUUCCAAAUUGUCUGAGCUUAAAGCACUUGUUGAAGAAGGGGCGCUGAUGUCUGAUCACAUGGUUAAGCACUCAGAUAGUGAUAGGUGGUUAACUGUUGAAAAUGCAGUUUCGCCAUUGAUUACUGUGAAUUUUCCAUCCAUUGUAUCAGACUCGAUAACUGGACUAGUAAGCCCUCCAGAAGCUCCUGGCAAUCUAUUGGCAGAUACUGGACAUACUGGGCACUUCGGUAUUCAGAGUGGGAGUUUCCCGGGGUUGUGUGCAGAUUUUGCUUCUGAGCCUCUAGAAGAUUUGCACAUUGAAGAAAGAGUUGGAGCUCUGAUGGAGGGUUUAACAGUUAUUCCUGGCAGGGAACUUGAAGCUGUUGGAGAAGUUUUGCAAAUGUCAUUUGAAUGUGCUCAACGGGAAGUAUGGGGAAACACCGAAGGUCUCUCUCAAGGUCAUAUUGGUGAACAGAAUGAUCAGAAAACUGAGGAACCACGAUAUUCUGACAUUAAAAUGAAAGAUGCAGCAGAAGUAGGAUUGACUGUACCCUCUGACAAAGAUGCUUUAGCUUGUGGUGAUUCUGGUGACUGGUUUUCUGGUCGAUGGUCAUGCAAGGGUGGUGAUUGGAUAAGGAACGAGGAAGGUGUGCAAGAUAGGUCUUCUAGAAAGAAACUUGUUGUCAACAAUGGUUUCCCAUUAUGCCAGAUGUCAAAGGCUGGGUAUGAAGACCCUCGAUGGCAUAGAAAAGAUGAACUUUAUUAUCCUUCACAGAACAGAAGGCUUGAUCUACCUACUUGGGCUUUUUCAUGUCCAGAUGAUGCUAAUAGAGUCUCUCAAAGUAAGCCUACUGUCAUAAAAGGAGUAAAAGGAACGAUCCUUCCGGUAGUCAAGAUAAAUGCAUGCGUUGUAAAAGACCACGGUUCAUUUGUUUCUGAGCCGCGGAUAAAAGUUCGAGGAAUAGAAAGGCAUCCUUCGAGGUCUGCUCGGUCAUAUUCUGCAAGUAGUGAUGGGAAGAGAUCAUCUGGCGAAGGUGAUUCUCAAAUGAAACCAGUAGGUGACCGAGGAUCAAAGGGAUCUUCCAAAUGCAUUUCAUCCAUUAAAACCCCCAAAGACCGUAUUGGAACAGUUGAUGACUUGCAAUUGCAUUUGGGAGACUGGUACUACCUUGAUGGUGCUGGGCAUGAACGAGGACCUUCAUCAUUCUCUGAGCUACAGGCCUUAGUUGAUCAAGGAGUGAUCCUGAAACAUAGCAGUGUGUUUCGGAAAUUUGAUAAAGUCUGGGUUCCAGUUACCUCUGCCAUCGAGACUUCUAAUGCUAGCAAAAAGAAUAAGGAGGAGAAGAACAGAACAUCAAGUAAUUCUUCAGGGCAAUCCCAAAGUGCUGCAUCUGCAGAAUCAAGAACAAAUUUGAGUUGGUUGCAGAACCUGCACCCUCAGUUCAUUGGUUAUACAUGUGGAAAGCUUCAUGAAUUGGUGAUGAAAUCUUAUAAAAGUCGGGAGUUUGCUGCAGCCAUAAAUGAGGUUUUAGACCCGUGGAUUAAUGCAAGGCAGCCAAAGAAAGAGUUGGACAAGCACAUGUACUGGAAAGCAGAUGGUGAUGCACGUACUUCUAAAAGGGCUCGGUUGCUGGUUGAUGAAUGUGAAGAAGACUAUGACGCAGAAGAGGAUUUGCAAAGAAUAGAAAAGGAUGAAUCCACAUUUGAGGAUCUCAUUGGUAAUGCUUCUUUCGUCAGAGAAGACGGCUUGAGUUAUGGUUCAGAGAUGGCAAGCUGGGGUUUAUUGGAUGGGCAUGUGCUGGCACGGGUCUUUCAUUUUUUAAGAUUAGACAUGAAAUCUCUUACCAUUGCUUCUCUGACUUGUAAGCACUGGAGAGCUGCGGUCAGUUUUUAUAAGGAUAUUUCAAGACAGGUUGACUUGUCAUCCUUGGGUCCGAAGUGCACCGACUCCAUGAUUGUGAACAUUAUGAGUGGUUAUGGCAAAGAGAAGAUUAAUUCUAUGAGAUUCUUGGUUCACUUCCUUGUCUAUCUAACAUAGACAUUAGGGGUUGCAACCAGUUUGGGGAGUUUCAUUAAAUUCCAGAACCUGAACUGGAUUAAGAGCCGAAGCUCACGUGGUACAAAGAUGCAUGAUGAUUCCGAUUCAAAAUUGAAGAGUCUGAAAUAUAUCACUGAAAAAUCUUCUUAUGUUUCUAGAAGUAAGGUUCUGGGUAAUGAUAUGGAUGAUUUUAGUGAAAUGAAAGUGUACCUUGAUAGUGUGGAUAAGAGAGACUCAGCUAAUCAUUCAUUCCGGGGAAGUUUAUACAAACGUUCAAAACUAUUUGAUGCUAGACGGUCCUCAUCCAUUCUAUCUAGGAAUGCUCGUAUGAGGCGGUUGUCCAUUAAGAAAUCAGAAAAUGGUUAUAAGAGGAUGGAGGAAUUUGUUGCGUCAAGUCUGAAGGACAUCAUGAAGGAGAAUACCUCUGAUUUCUUUGUACCCAAGGUUGCUGAAAUUCAAGAUAAAAUGAGAAAUGGGUAUUACAUUCGCCGAGGAUUGAGUUCUGUAAAGGAUGACAUCAGUCGAAUGUGCAGGGAUGCAAUUAAGGAUGAGCUGAUCAAGUCAUGGGAAGAUGAUACACUUGCAGGGGUUUCUUCUGCCUCCAAGAGUAAAAAGAAGCUCAAUAAGACAUCUGAAAGGAAGUUGAGGAGUAAUGGUUCCUUUGUGAAUGGUAGUGUGGAUAAUGGAGAAUAUGCAUCUGAUCAAGAAAUCAGAAGGCGUUUAUCCAAGUUGAAUAAAAAAUCUAUGGAUUCAGAAAGUGAAACCUCUGAUGAUAUUGACAGGUCAUCUGAAGAUGACAAGAGCAAUAGUGAGAGUACUGCCUCGGAUACAGAAAGUGACUUGGAAUCUGGGUUACAAAGUCAACCUGGGCAAUCAACAGCAGAUGGAUGCUUAGAUCAUGAUGAGGGUUUAGAUUCUCUGACUGAUGAUCGUGAGUGGGGUGCUCGCAUGACCAAAUCAAGUUUGGUUCCUCCUGUUACAAGAAAAUAUGAAGUCAUUCAUGAAUAUGUUAUUGUAUCAAAUGAAGAGGAUGUAAAGCGGAAGAUGCAGGUGUCUUUGCCAAAGGACUAUGUUGAGAAGCUUGCUUCACAGAAGAAUGGAACUGACGAGUCUGAUAUGGAUAUUCCUGAAGUCAAGGACUACAAGCCCAGGAAAAUGCUUGGAGAUGAGGUUCUAGAGCAAGAGGUUUAUGGAAUUGAUCCCUAUAGCCAUAAUCUUUUGCUUGAUUCCAUGCCUGAGGAGUUCGAUUGGCCUCUUCUGGAGAAGCAUUUGUUUAUAGAAGAUGUGCUUCUUCGCACCCUGAAUAAGCAAGUUAGACACUUCACUGGGACUGGAAAUACUCCCAUGAUCUAUCCUUUGCGGCCAGUUGUCGAAGAUAUUCGGAUAACUGCUGAAGAGGAUGGUGAUAUUCGAACUGUGAGAAUGUGCCAGGGUAUUUUGAAGGCCAUAGACGGUCGCCCUGAUGACAAGUAUGUUGCUUAUAGAAAGGGGCUUGGUGUCGUUUGCAACAAAGAAGAAGGUUUUGGAGAAGAAGAUUUUGUUGUGGAAUUCUUGGGGGAGGUGUAUCCUGUUUGGAAAUGGUUUGAGAAGCAAGAUGGGAUUCGAUCUCUGCAGAAAAAUAGUAAAGAUCCAGCUCCGGAAUUUUACAACAUUUAUCUUGAAAGGCCCAAGGGUGAUGCUGAUGGGUAUGAUUUAGUUGUUGUUGAUGCCAUGCAUAAAGCAAACUAUGCAAGUAGAAUUUGUCACUCGUGCCGACCUAAUUGUGAAGCAAAAGUUACUGCUGUAGAUGGUCGUUACCAGAUUGGGAUCUACACUGUACGUAAAAUUCAAUAUGGUGAAGAGAUCACAUUUGACUACAACUCUGUUACGGAGAGUAAGGAAGAAUAUGAAGCAUCAGUUUGUUUGUGUGGUAGUCAAGUUUGCCGGGGAAGUUACCUGAAUUUGACUGGCGAAGAAGCAUUCCUGCAGGUGCUGAAGGAUUGGCAUGGAAUUGUGGAUCGUCAUCAUCUAAUGCUGGAAGCUUGCGAGUUAAAUUCAGUAUCUGAGAAGGAUUAUUUUGACCUGGAAAUGGCUGGUUUAGGCAAAUGUUUGCUUGAGGGGUUGCCAGAUUGGGCUAUUGCAUAUACAGCUCGUUUGGUGAGGUUCAUAAACUUUGAAAGAACAAAGCUUCCUGAAGUAAUUUUGAAGCACAACUUGGAAGAAAAGAGGAAGUAUUUCUCAGAUAUAGAUCUUGAGGUUGAGAAGAGUGACGCGAGAAUUCAGGCUGAGGGCGUGUUCAACCAAAGGCUUCAGAAUUUGGCUGUUACUCUUGACAAGGUGAGGUAUGUUAUGAGCUCUGUAUUUGGCGACCCAAAGAAUGCUCCACCUCCACUGGAGAGGUUAACUCCAGAAGAAGCUGUUACAUUUCUAUGGAAGGGAGAAGGAUCGCUUGUUGAGGAACUCCUUCAGAGUAUGGCUCCUCAUGUGGAGGAGCAAUUGUUAAAUGAUCUCAAGUCCAAGAUGCUUGCUCAUGAUCCAUCGGGGUCUGAUGACAUUUGGAAAGAACUUAAGAGAUCGCUACUAUGGUUGAGAGAUGAGGUCCGGAAUCUUCCAUGUACAUACAGGUCUCGGCAUGAUGCUGCUGCUGAUUUGAUCCAUAUUUAUGCAUACACGAGGUGCUACAUUAGAAUACGGGAAUACAAACCAGUAACUUCGCCGCCGGUAUACAUUAGUCCACUUGAUUUGGGCCCCAAGUACACUAACAGAUCAGGGGCAGAUUUUCAGGAGUAUUGCAAGACAUAUGGGGAGAAUUAUUGUUUAGGGCAGCUAAUGUUUUGGUAUAAUCAGUCUAAUGCGGAGCCAGAUUGUAGUAUGGCUAGAGCAAGUAGGGGUUGCUUAUCUUUACCGGAGAUCGGUUCCUUCUAUGCCAAGAUUUCAAAACCGUCAAGGCAGCGUGUUUAUGGUCCAAAGGCUGUCAAAUUUAUGCUUUCAAGGAUGGAGAAGCUGCCUCAAAAAGCUUGGCCCAAGGAUCGAAUAUGGUCAUUUAAUAGCAAACCGAAAGUUCUUGGCAGUCCUAUGCUAGACGCUGUUGUGAAUGACUCUAUCUUGGACAAAGAAAUGGUGCACUGGUUAAAGCACAGACCUGCAAUAUAUCAAGCUGUGUGGGAUCGGUGAAGUUUUGCAAGCUAGAGUCAGGAACCGGUAGUGGGAUUACUGGCCAAUGCUUUGUAGAUUGUUUUGGAAUGAUUUACGGUUUUAAUUUACAGCUUCCCCUUAUAAAUGUGGGUAGCUGGUAGUCAUUCCAAAACAUGAUUCCUCCCGCUGCUUUCUCAUUCUUAUGUACAGCUCAUCUUUGUAAUCUGUAAUUCAUUAUUUAGCAGUAGAACAUUUGUUUUGGUUCCGCCUAAUUUUAGAAAGGAAUAGAAAAAGUAGUCCAUGGCAUUAGCUUUUGUUUUGUAGUUUUACUUAUGUUGAAAAUUACGACGUUCUUGAUUUAAUCCUCUAAUUGAGGCCCUGUAAAUUGUGAAAUAAACUCCAUUGAUUUACCCACAUUCCCUUCCCUCUGU